AUAUAGGAUACGCCAGAGGCCGACUGCUACAAAGAACUGCGCACUGUACAUAUACUUUUGAGCUUUAGACAGCAUAUCUGACAUUGUACACUGUGUAUACACAAGCCAGUGUAUCUAUUUUGGCUAUUUACAGUAGUAUAGGCAACUGUUGAAGGGGUCGAGAGACCAUUAGGCGAUGCAGCCUAUUAACGAUCAACGGAAUUUUGACCUUUGUUGAUGCAGUGGCCUAUACGGUGAUGAAGAAACAACCUAAUGACUCGCCGUCAGUCGCUGUCCCAAAAUUAAUAAACUCGAGGAUGUCGAUCGUUUGACGCGACCACUAGAAGUCGUCUCUGCGAUAAUAAUAAAGAAGUUGACGCGAUACUUCACCUGAAAUCAAUCGAAAAUGAAGCCCUCUGAGAAAAAUAUUGAAAAAUUAGAGAGAGAUGUGUCAAAACUCAUUGAAAAUAAACUAUUUGUGGGAACAUUUAAAGAGAGGCGUUAUGUCGAAUCAUUGUCUACAUACAGAGACAUCGUUGUUAUUGAAUCCAUGGAUGAUCUAGUUCCAAACAUGUUAAAAGCCAAAAGUGCAUUUGAAAAGUUUACAAAUUCUCAGUGGAUUGGAAUAACAACGGAUAGCAAUACUGAUGAUUGUCUUCUGUGGGUGGAACUACCAAGUAUACCUUUGGGUAAACAUUGGUUUCAAAUUAAAGGAGUGACAUUUGAAAGUAAGGAAAUACUUUUAGAACUCACUCAUGUGCAACCCUUUAUAAACCCAGAUAGGAGUUUCAAUACCACCAGUGAUCCUGAUUUUCCAACUUUUGACAUAAAAGAGAUACUGACAUACAAAAAUUUUUGUGAGGCUGUAAAAUUCAUGGCAAUUGUGAUAAUGACUUUGUUUACACUUACUAUUGAAAUAAUGCGAUACUUAGGAGAAUGGAGCAUUAAAUUUAGUCAUGUUGUAGUCAACUUGAUACAUGUUUCUACACCUAUAUGUUUAGGUGCUUUUGAGUUUUUAUCAAAAUGUGUCGGUGGAUUGUAUUGGUUGAUAUUCGUUCUGGUUCGAGGUGGUCCUAAUACACCUGCUGUACCAGCUGCAUUGAUGGCCAGUAAUAAACCAAAACAAAUAGGAUACUAUGAGCCUAAUCAAAGGAAAAGAUACGAGCCGCAUUAUCCUAAUAAAUUUAAAAGCUAUACCCCAGGCAACCAAAAUUAUAGCUAUGAAAAAAAAAGUUAUUAUUAAAAUGUUUUGUAAAUUUGUAACCAGAGCCAAUUGAUAAAUUCAAAAAGAUUU